AUGUUGAGGGAGAGAAGAGGGGUCAUAGGACAUCAUUCUUUGUGUCAGAGCACAAGUUCUUACAGAGCGGCAGAUCAACUCUCCGGCUUCACUUUGCUCCACAACACCUCCCUGCUCCUGCUCAGAUCCUGGUCCUCCUCUUCUGUGUGCAGCCGAACCUUUCCUCCGUGGAGCUCUGGCACCAUAAUGGAGUUGGCUACAACAGAAGAAUCAUCCCUGCUGUCAAACCAGUCGUCAGAGAGUUGUGCAGCAGCAGCAACAACCAUUGAGAACCAACUUUUUGGAUGGUUCUACAUUGUGAUUUUUGUUCUGGCACUGGGUGGUAACAGUCUGGCUCUCUGGAUCUUCUCUCGUCAGCGUGGGGUUUCUUCUCCUGCUAAUGUUUUCUUGGUUCAUUUAGCUGUGGCAGACCUAUCGUAUGUUGUCAUUCUUCCACUCAGAGCCAUCUACCACUUCACUGGAGGCCACUGGCCAUUGGGUGAGGUUCCUUGUAGGGUGGUGGGCUUUUUGUUUUAUGUCAACAUGUAUGCCAGCCUGUACUUCCUGGCUUGUGUGGCAGGGGAUCGUUACCUGGCUGUGGUUCACGCUGUGAGAUCAAUGAAGGUUCGCCACUCUCGCUAUGCUCACAUCAUCAGCUUCUCCUUGUGGGUCCUGGUUACGGUCUCCAUGGCGCCGCUGCUCGUCACCCACCAGACCGCACAGGUGAACAAUACAACGGUGUGCUUGCAGCUGUACCGAGAAAAGGCCUCACCCAAAGCACUGAUAUCUCUAGCAGUGGCCUUCACGCCACCUUUCCUAGCCACCCUGUCCUGUUAUCUGCUCAUCAUCCACAGCCUGCAUCAGGGCUCCAGGUUGGAACCUGCACUCAAGCUGAGGGCCCUCCGCACGAUCGGCGUGGUCAUGCUCAUCUAUGUAGUCUGUUUUCUGCCGUAUCACAUGAGCAGGGCCACCUUUAUACUUGGCUACAACCACCCAGAUAUAUCCUGUGAAACGCGCAGAUCUCUGAGCAUGGCUAAUCGCCUCACCUCCUCCCUCACCUGCCUGAAUGGUGCCAUGGACCCUCUGGUCUACCUGUUCGGGGCGGAGAAAUUUCGGAGUACACUGCGGCGAUUGUUAUGUAAAGAUAAGGCAGGGAUGUCUGGAGCCACCAGCGGAGAGUUGAAGGGGACGCACGAGAGCUCUCUGAGUGCUAAGUCUGAGUUCUGAG